AUGGAGGGAGGGAUGGGGGGCGGAGGAGGCGGAGGCGGGCCGCAGGAGCUGUCGGCGGACAACGUGCGCGGGAUAGUGCUCGCGCUCCUCUCCAGCGGCUUCAUCGGCUCCAGCUUCAUCAUCAAGAAGAAGGGCCUCCGCCGCGCCGCCGUCUCCUCCGGCAUCAGCGCCGGGGUGGGUGGGCACUCCUACCUGCUGGAGCCCCUGUGGUGGGUUGGCAUGAUCACCAUGAUCGUGGGAGAGAUCGCCAAUUUCGUGGCCUACGCCUUCGCCCCCGCGGUGCUGGUUACUCCUCUGGGAGCACUGAGCAUAAUCGUCAGUGCAGUGCUGGCCCAUUUCAUCCUGAACGAGAGGCUGCACGCGCUGGGGGUCCUCGGCUGCGUGAUGUGCAUCGCGGGGUCGAUGGUGAUCGUCAUCCACGCGCCGCUGGAGCAGGAGAUCACGUCGGUCAAGGAGAUAUGGCACAUGGCAACGCAACCAUCUUUCUUGCUAUAUGUUGCUUCGGUUAUAGUCCUGGUCUCUGUGCUGGUGUUCCAUUUCUCUCCUCUAUGGGGGCAGUCGAACGUGUUGAUCUACACCGCCAUUUGCUCUUUGAUGGGUUCUCUUUCGGUUAUGAGUGUUAAAGCUCUUGGUACAUCCUUAAAGUUGACUUUUGAGGGGACGAAUCAGUUAGCAUAUCCUGAGACGUGGUUCUUUAUGCUUGUCGUGGCUAUUUGUGUGCUGACACAGAUGAAUUACCUCAACAAGGCACUUGAUACAUUUAACACGGCAGUUGUAUCACCAAUUUAUUAUGUGAUGUUUACAUCAUUGACAAUACUCGCAAGCAUCAUAAUGUUUAAGGAUUGGUCUGGUCAGAGCCUUGGAAGCAUUACUUCUGAAAUAUGUGGCCUGAUUGUCGUGUUGUCUGGUACCAUUUUGUUGCAUGUCACCAAGGAUUACGAAAGGAUCCCUCAAUCGAGAAUAGGCCUUUACGCACCGUUGUCUCCUACGUCGGCAACAAGAUUGAAUGGAGAACUACUGAGGCACGUUGAGGAGGAUGUGAGGAGAACCGAUGACGAAGAGAAAGUCUUGAGACGGCAGGAGAUGUACUAG